UCAGUUAUUCACCCGCUACAGUACACUGUGUCGUGCACCAUGGCCAGUGGUGAAAAAAUGGCAGAGGGCAGCAAGCUGGCACUACCAGUGAGGAGUGAUGACAAUGCUAGUGUCCUGUCUAUGAUCUACAGGUUUUUUAAAAAGGUGUCAAUAGUCGGUGCCGUGUACCUGGUGGGCUACAUGCAAUGGAGCGUUGCUUGGCUGAUCGGCCCCGUGGUUCUGUCUUUGCUAAGAGACCGGUGGCGCAGAGAGAGCGAAUAUCGACGCAGUUUGGCUAAGGCCGCAGCUCAAACUUCUGAGAAGGAUGUAGUGUUGGCCAGAUUAGAUGAUUUGCCUGCUUGGGUAUUUUUCCCAGACGUUGAGCGUGCAGAGUGGUUAAACAGAAUUCUUCUACAACUCUGGCCAAAUGUAAAUCACUUCACUCGGACGUUACUUAAGGACUCCAUAGAACCUGCAGUGGCUGAGAGUCUCGCUAACUACAAGUUGCAGGGCUUUAAGUUUGAGCGCAUGAUCCUUGGAACUAUUGCGCCUCGUGUCGGCGGCGUCAAAGUCUACGAUAAGAACCUGUCGAGAAAUGAAAUCAUCAUGGAUAUUGAUUUGUUCUACGCCGGAGAUUGCGACAUUUCUUUUGUUGUGCAACGAAUUCGUGGUGGCAUCAAAGACCUUCAGAUCCACGGCAUGGUCCGCGUGGUGAUGAAGCCGCUGAUAACCAAGAUGCCUCUCGUUGGCGGGCUACAAAUCUUCUUCCUUAACAAUCCGUCUAUUGACUUCAACCUGGUCGGCGCCGCGGAUGUGCUCGACAUGCCUGGUCUCAGUGAUAUUCUUCGUCGAUGCAUCGUAGAACAAGUGGCAAAAAUGAUGGUAUUGCCCAACAAACUACCUAUCAAACUGAGCGACGAUAUACCCACUGUUGAUCUGCGCAUGCCCGAACCUGAGGGUGUCCUACGAAUUCAUCUAGUCCAAGCACAAAAUCUAAUGAAGAAAGAUGUUUCUAUGUUAGGUAAGGGUAAGUCGGAUCCGUACGCGAUAAUAACAGUUGGUGCACAGCAAUGGAAGACGAAGCACAUCGACAACAACGUGAACCCUCGUUGGGACUACUGGUGUGAGGCUAUAAUAAGUUCAAGGAAGAGCCAAAAGCUGCAGAUCGACCUCUGGGACUGGGACCCAGGAAUGGGCAUUGAAAACGAUGAUUUUCUGGGCAGAUGUUCCUUAGACAUUUCUCAAGUAGUCAAAUCUGGACGGCUUGACACGUGGCAAACUCUGCAACAAGCGAAGCAUGGUAAAGUGCACCUUCGUCUGUCGUGGCACCGUCUGUCUUCUGAUCUUUUAGAUCUUAGUCAUGCUCUGACCGAGACCCUGUUGGUAAAAACUGGAGAAAUCAGUUCUGCCGUCCUAUCAGUGUACAUUGAUUCGUGCAAGAAACUACCUAGCGCUCGCCCAGCGUCGAAACCAGACCCGUACUUAAUUGUGACAGUGGGCAAAAAGACAGAAAACACAGCUGUACAAAUGCGAACCGACAAUCCCGUCUACGAGAUUGGAUACUCGUUCCUGGUGCAGAACCCGGAAAUUGAUAAUUUGGAGAUUAAGGCUAUAGACCAGAAGACAGGAAACCCAUUGGGCCAGCUGAGCUACUCUAUCGCGUCACUGCUGAAGCAGAAAGACCUAAGCAUGAUAACACAGCCACUCAUGCUGCAGAAAUCUGGUCCAGAGUCGAAGAUCAUCAUGUCUUUGCAAUUGAGGAUAUUGAAAGAAGCUAUUAAAGAAGAAGACAUAGAAGAGGAGCAGGUUACCGAAGCACCAAGUGGGCCUGAUCCACCCAUACCCGUUCCAGCAUCAGAUGCUGUCGAUUCGACCGCGUCUGACACUCCCACCGCUGAGACUGCUGUAUCUAAUGGCAAUCAAAAUACUGGGAAUGGAUCUCAAGACGACGUAUCUGAAAAGUCUGUUCCAGUUGAGCAAAUCAUCAAUGCUACUGAGGUAGCGCAAGUAUCUGCCGAACCUGAAUCAAAAUUGGUACAUAGAUCGUCUACCUCUUCCUUAACUACGUCUGCAGGUGAAGCAGGACUGGGUCGCAUCUUGUUAUCUCUUCGUUACAGCAUGCAAUGUCAAACUUUGGUUAUUGUUGUUCACAAAAUAAUGAAUAUACCACUAAAGGACCCGACCAACGUACCAGAUCCUUACGUCAAGUUAUAUUUGCUUCCUGGACGGUCGAAGGAGUCGAAACGAAAGACUGUGGUGGUGAAGGAUAGCUGUAUGCCAGAGUACGACGAGAAGUUUGAGUGGGUGAUUCCUCAGGCUGAGCUGCAUUCGUUGCACGUUGAAGUUACUGUCGCUACCCAUAAAGGCUGGCUUGGGGGAAGCCCCGUUAUUGGACAGGUUAUCAUUCAUCUGAAUCAGUACGACUUCCGCGAAGCAAAAACCUUAUGGUUCGAUUUGCUACCAGAAAAUUCUGCUUGAAUCAUCAAUGAAUUUACCCAUUUAAAAUAUUUUGAAUUUUAUAUACAACUCCUGUGGCCAUAUAAUUAAUGAUCUGAUCCAAGCUACAUAGAGUAGUGCACAAAGUUUAUAUUUUUUUAAAUUUCCUGUUAUGUAGAGUCAUCUAUUUACACUUUAUUCAAUUAAAAUAAUGCUAUGAUACCACAUUCAAAUUGUCUCACACUUAACAUGUAGAAUUAAGUUGUGUGCAGUGUAUUCUUUGAAAACCACAGUAACUUAUUUCCCUUUUUUGAUUUUUUUUAC